AUGGAAAUCGCCCAUGAUGCGCACCAUGCUAAUGAUGUAUCAUAUUUUGCUAAUAUGAUCGCGAUCAAUCAAACCUCAGAGGAUUUCCACUCUGACGAGGUGACCGAACUUAAUAAAUCGGUCGACGAUUACACCAUUAAAAUGGAAAUCGCCCAUGAUGCGCACCAUACUGAUGAUGUAUCAUAUUUUGCUAAAAUGAUCGCGAUCAAACAAAAGCGCAUAUUACACCAGCCCGCAGAGGAUUUCCACUCUGACGAGGUGACCGAACUUAAUAAAUCGGUCGAUGACUACGCCAUUAAAAUGUAA